AUGUCUCGGCAACUUUUCCCACAGAAUCCAUCGGAGGCCAUGGUCAUUCGCAAUGUGACCUCCGACGUUAUCACGAUGAGCUUGCCGUUUGCGCGAUUCGGGCGCCUCAAGUUUGGAGGACGGGGCACAUUAGUCAAGAUGCAGUCUGGAUCUCUCGCGGUGUUCUCCCCUGUCAACCUCACGCCCGAAGUGCGCGAGGUGGUGUCGGGUCUGGGCGGAAACGUGAGAUACAUCGCUGCCCUGGACAUGGAGCAUCACAUCCACCUCACCUCCUGGAAGAACGCCUACCCCGAUGCCGAGAUCAUCGCUCCAGAAGGGCUGUGGGAGAAGCGGCAGUCCAACCCAGAAUACAAGGACACGCCGUUCCACCACAUCUUCCGCAAAGACGACCAGGGCCCACGCAGGAUUUCCGACGAGUUUGAUGCCGAGUUCGAAACCGAAUACGUGUAUGGACAUCCAUCGCGGGAGCUGGUGUUCCUGCAUAAGCGAUCGCUCACGCUCAUCGAGGCGGAUAUGCUGUUUACUCUGCCUGCACGGGAGCAGUAUUCCAAGACGAACGAGAGCGCGACCUCUGGGUGUCUCACCAGGAUGAUCACCCCGCUGAUGUCGGCGACGGCGCCGGCGACAUGGCAGAAGCGGUUCCAGUGGUAUAUACUGUCGAGUGCGGAUCGACGAGCGUACGCGGAGUCGAUGCGACGGAUCGAUAAAUGGGAGUUCAAUCGACUGAUUCCGUGUCAUGGAGAUGUGGUGGAGAGCGGUGCGAAGGGCGUGUUCCGGACGGUGAUGGAGUGGUUUUUGGAGGAUAAAAAGCGUGUGUGA